AUGCCCCCCGACCGACAUGCGAGCCGCGCCAGUUUUGCAUGCACUCGUUGCAAAAAAGAUAAAAGACGAUGCGAUAUUUCCCAGGUUUUGAGUGAAGGAGGAAGAUCUUGCACCCUAUGUCGGAACAAGAAUGAGAAGUGCGAAGUGCGGUAUGGCGAAGACAAGCGCAGCCAUCGCCGACCGAGCGAGUCCAAGGCACUGCACCAGCGGAUGCAGGCUCUCGAGGAGUUCGUGAGAAAUGCCUCCCGUGUUGACGGUCAAUCAUUCAGCAUAUUCAAAGACGACGACAGUUCUAGAAGCUUGAGGCAAUUCUCUUUUCCAAGUCCUGCCAGCUCUUCUAGUCCCGGUACACACACUAGGACCGUUUCGAUGCCCUCUUAUGAGAAGCCAGAGACUUGGAUCACAACGCCCCGAGCCGAACCUACACCGAACUCCCUCCGAUCUGAGUCAGUCUCGAGCGAUCAUAUUCCAUACAAUGAGCCCAUGCUUGAGCAAUUGUGCUUUCCUUCAGCAAUGGAUGAGGCCGUGCAAGAAGAGGGCGCCGCAGAGAAUGAUGCAUAUUUGGGAUACACCAGUAUGUUUCCUUACUUGGAAGAGGAUGCUAGUGCAAGAGGUUCCAAAGCCAUUUGCCCAACACCUCUUGCGAAUAGACGGCCUUGCGUACCAUCUGAAGUACUUCCCGAGCCAGAACCCAUUGUCGCGCAUCUUCUCGACCUCUUUUGGCAGUGGCAGGCGCCUCAUUUGCUCGUAAUCGAUCGCGACUUGUUUGUCCGUCAUCGGAAGCUUUGGGACGACAGUGGAGGUCAAGGCGACCGCACUUUCUACACUCCUACUCUAUUGUACGCGAUACUUUCGCUGGCCUCGAUGAUCAGUCUGGACAAGGGCGUUGUGCGUUACUCUGCAUCAUCUGGCGGGCUUGCUGGCGACAAUUUUGCGACAAGGGCGCGUGAGCUGCUCGAGUUAGAGCUUGAGCACCCAACCACCACAACAGUCCAAACAGCCUUGAUCCUGGGGUUUAGGUUUGAGGCAGCAGGGCAUGCUUCUCUGGGCUGGAUGUACAGUGGCAUGGCAUUCAGGAUAGCAAGCGACCUGAGGUUGCAUCUUGACUGCUCAAAAUCGUUGAGGUCUGGGAGAAUGAGCUCUGAUGAGGCGAGACUGAGGCAAAGAGUAUUUUGGGCAUGCCAUCAAGCAGAUGCAGAUGACGAUAUUACGACGUCCGUACCAGAACGGCAAGCAGAGAAGGUGGAAGUUGGCGGCUAUGAAGACUGCUCUUUAUGCUAUCUCCAUGCAUCUUCAACUCUGUCCAUUUUGUCUUCGAAAACCCAGACUAUGAUUUACGGUCAAAGAAACCGACGAACGCCGAGCGAGCUGAGAUCAACAGCUCGGCGGUUGCACGAAGAGUUGUGGCGGUGGCAUCGGAUGUUGCCACAAAAAUUUAGAUGGUCUAGCGACGAAAGCGCCAAACCAUCAUCAGAAGUCUUGCUCCUGCACAUGACUUUCUACUUCAACCUCAUCAUGCUCCAUCGACCUUUUAUGAAUCAUUCUAGAGUCGCCACAGAUCUCGACGUGCAAGCUUCUGCCUCUUUCAACUCAACAACCGUGUGCUGUGAAGCUGCGACCAAAAUAACGAAACUAGCCUUUGCCUACCGAAACCUGUACAACGUCAAGCAGAUGCCACCAUCUGCAAUUCACUUCAUUUUUAUUGCUGGAACAAUACACCUCAUGACCAGCCGCCUGAGCGGAAAGGCACCCCAUGAACAUCUUCUGCAGAGCUGCAUGGAAAUGCUGCCAGAGUUGAGCAACUCUUAUCCUACGUCUGAAAAGGCGCAUCGUAUUCUAAGGGACAUGAGCGAGAACUGGAAAAACUCGAACAAAUCCCAAGAAGGCGUCCAGGCUGUUCAUGUUAGCCAGACAUUCCAUGACGUUCUAGGGGAGACCACAGAUCAAGGAUCGGAUUUUGAGGUUGCAGGCACCAUAGCUAGCAAGGCCGGGGCCGCAAAAUCAAGCAUGGCUAAAAGCCAAGGAUGCUUGAUUGCGUCAUCACCUACUGACAUCCUUCACGACGUCAAUCUAUAUGAUGAAAUCACACUUGGGCAAGGCAGUAGCAACUGUGGUUUCCUGGGCUCCGGAAUGGAGUGGCUUUCGGAUAAUGACCUUUUCGAAAGCAUAGGCGGGGCCGACGGGUCCUUUUCAUACGCAUAG